AUGUCCCGUCCACAAUGCAUGGCGUGGGGCGCCACAGCAGUUGUGCUGCUCGUGUCGCGCGCGGCCGGCGUCGCGCCGCUGCGGCUCCGGCGGCGGCCCGAUGGCUGGCUGGUCACCGUCUCGCCCUACGUGUAUGUUUACGACGUAAUUUUAUUCUCUUUCAUAGUUUCUGUGGGAGUUGCUGGCCUAAUACUAGACCUGAACGCAGAGCCGUCGCGAGCUGUACGCAUGCGAACACCUACUAAACGUAUCCUGUGGAUCGCCGAUUUCGGUGUAGUGUUACUGACGGCGCUGGUCGGUGCUUACGAGGGACCCUUCCGGAUGAAUAGCAUGAUAAGAUAUUUGAAUGAAUUACAGAAGAUAAAUACUAUAAUCAAUAUCCAGUCCUCAGCAUCAACAGAGAAGAAACGUACAAUAGUCUUAGUGUCCAUAAUGUUCGGCUUCCUCCUCGUCACGGUGCUGGACAUUUGGACCAUAAUGGUGGACGUCAUUCGUUAUGGCAGGGAUCGUUUUAUAGCGUGUCUGUACAUGAGUUUCGGGUAUUCGUACAUGGCCAUGAUAUUUCUCAAGUCUCAGUUUGUAGUCGGCGCUUUGGCAGUUCACUCUACUUUGAAAAAUCUAAAUGAUGUCUUAGAAACUGAGACAAUAAUACAAGGCGCUGCGUUUGGAAUAAAUGAUAAUUUUGCUAUGAAUAAGAAGAAUCGGAUUUAUCCAUCGAAUAUUUCUACAAAUGUAAAUUGUAUUUCAUACUCCGAUUAUUUAAAAUCGCAUCCAAAUAAGAAGAGUCAUGAGACGGUGCGUCGACUCGCUCUCUCAUUCAGCAACAUUUGCUACGUGGUGACGUCAGUGACGAAAUGCCACGAAAACAGUUUACUCCUACUGAUAGCCACGUUCGCGAUCCAUCUGGUCAUCAUUCCAUAUUAUAUCUCGUUGGCUUUACAAUACUCCGAAUCGCAAGUAGAAGCUGUGUUACUGCUCUUACUGUGGUACGGCACACAUCUGAUGAGCUUGGCGCUGCUUGUAGAACCGUGUCAUUGGACGCUGGAGGAACUGAAUCGUACUCACGUGCUCGUCAGUAUACUGACAGACAGCGUGUCAGCUGAUGAGCUUCUAAGCAAAGAGUUAAACGAGUUCUUCAAGCACCUCGCUCUGAACAAAAUCACAUUUUCGCCGCUUGGUAUCUGCACGCUGGCGAGACCAUUAUGCGCUACGAUCAUGGGUAUCCUUACAACUUACCUGGUCAUCAUUUUCCAAUUCCAAACAUCGGCUGAUAAAGCUGACGGUUUCUAAGUCAACAUUUAAAUAAUUCCUUCUGUUGUUAUGUAUAUUUUUGUAAAUAAAUUGUUAAUAUACCUAU